CGAAGUGCUAUAUAAAAUUUUGCCAUCCCUUUCUUCCAACAGCCAUAUUGAUUGAAGAGUCCUUUGCUCUGUCUCGCUAUUAGUUUUUGUUUUAAAUACCGCGAAAUAAAAAAAUGUCUCGGUCGGACGGAAAAAUUUACAUCGGCAAUUUGCCGCCAGAUGUGAAAGAAUCCGACAUUGAAGAUUUGUUCUACAAGUUCGGAAAAAUUGCGGUCAUAAACCUGAAGACUCCCAGUGGCCAGCCGCCAUUUGCAUUUGUUGAGUAUGACGACCCAAGGGAUGCGGAGGAUGCCAUACAUGACAGAGAUGGUUACAAUUACGACGGGUACACCUUGAGAGUUGAGCAUCCACGAGGCAACAGGUCAGGUGGAGGAGGAGAUAGCAGGGGCAGUGGGGGCAGCAGAGGAUAUGGAGGAGGAAGGGAUCGCGGAGGUGGAAGCAGACGUGGAGGAGGUGUCAUGAGAAGGUCAGACUACAGAGUUCUUGUGUCAGGUUUGCCGAAGUCUGGUAGCUGGCAGGAUCUGAAGGACCACAUGAGGGAGGCAGGUGACGUCUGCUAUUCUGAUGUCUUCAAGGAUGGUACUGGUGUCGUCGAGUUCCUCAGGUACGACGACAUGAGAUACGCUGCUCGGAAACUCGAUGAUUCAAAAUUUAGAUCGCACGAGGGAGAGACGUCACACAUACGAGUGAAGGAAGAUUACAGCAAGAGCAAACGUAGCAGAAGCGGGUCGAGAUCUAGAAGUAGGUCAAGGUCAAGAAGUGGCUCAAGGUCGUACUCCAAAAGGUCGCGGGGUAGUCCCAGCUACUCGCCAAGGAGAUAAAGAUCGUCGUGAUUGUAAUUGUAAUGAUAGUAACAGUUGUAAUGGAGCAGUAACUGCAGUACUGGUGAUGAUAAUAAGAAUGAUUGCUGUGAUGUUUACAGGAACUGUGUGUGAUUACAAUAUCAUUAUUGCCUAACAUACAUACAAAUAGUGAUGAUGAUUGGGAUUGUCUCUAGUUCAGUUAAAUAUGUUGUGAUGCAGAUUAUAAUGAGAUAUAUUUCUUCAAUUGAAACGAUGAAUUUGAUGCUUCCAUUUUCAUAUUUAUAAAUACAUAGGUUAUGGGUAUAUAGAUACAUAAAAUUCUAGAUUUAACAUUAUAUAUAUAUUGUUUGUGUGAGUUAUGCAUUUGUUUAUAUCAAAUGAAGUUUACAUGGAUGCAUCAGCUUAAAAUCGUCUACACACACACACGUGUAUAUAUAUAUAUAGUUUAUCAGCUGCUAUGGCUAUUACUUUGAUUUUUAUCAUUGAAGUUUUAAUAAUGAUUUUUAAACUUUUUGAGUUUAAAUACUAUUAUUAUUGUUAGGAACUAUGGUUUGUAAUGAAUGAAUAAGUAGAUAACUGCCUGCCUGCCUGCAUGUUUAUUUUUCUAUUUUAUUUAAUUGAAAAACGUAUUAUAAAAAAUAUAACAACGAUAUAGUAUAGAAAAUAUAGUUGUGAUGAUUGAAAGGUGCUGAUGUCAUUUGUGAUGCUGUAGAAAUGACAUUAUGGUGUGAUGAUAGCGAAAGGCUGAAUUGUGUGUGGCGUAACGAUGACGUCACAUGUGAUGGUGUUGUGAUGAUGGUGAUGAUGAUGGUAAAGAUGCAUGUAUAAUAAGUACUAUCACAGACGUUUCACGAGCACAACAUUGGAGUGUAAAUUCGAAAUAAAAUAUAUAUCUGAAAUAUCAAUAAUGUAUAGUCGUUUCAAUUUUGAAUAGAUAGAUGGAAAGAGAAUAAUAAAUGAAUGAAAAAUAAAUGUAUACAUAAAUAAGCAUAAUAUGUGUGUAUGUAUGCCAAUGUAUGUGAUUGUAUGGGUAGUUUUUAAUGCUAAUAUAAAUUUUGAGCUUUUAAAUUAGAAUUAGGUGCAGUUAUAUAUAUAUAUAUAUAAGUGUGUGCUUUAAAUAAAAUAAAAAUUUUUAACUUGGAUUCUGAUCGGAAAAUAUAGACCUUUUUUAAAGAAAAAAGUUAAAAAUUUUACCAUCUAAACUUUAAA